CAGAUACUUAUAUAGUUAGUAUAUUUCGUGUUGUCUACUAUGUGCAAGUCACUGAGAAUACAAUUGUGAUAUUGAUUAAUCUUGGUGCAUUGAUUCAGUAUGGAUAUCGGUAAAGAAAUCAAGGAUCAACGGUCAUUCUUUGCACAGAGACGUGAGUUCAACUUUUUCAUAGAAGAUGAGGAAAUUACAGUUAAAACUGACGACUUACCACCUGAAACCUCCCUUAAUUAUUACAUUCGUCAAAAGUUACAUUUAACAGGCACUAAGUAUAUGUGUAACGAGGGAGGAUGCGGUGCUUGCGUGGUAGCGGUAACGGUGACCGAUCCAACAACCAACUGUGACACUAUUCUUGCAGUUAACUCGUGUUUGGUGCCGAUUUACGUAUGCGAAGGCUGGAGAGUUCAUACCAUAGAAUCGAUAGGUAACGAAAAAAAGGGUUACCACCCUAUUCAAAAAGCAUUGGUACAGUUUAAUGGAACCCAAUGCGGAUACUGCACUUCGGGAAUGUUAAUGAAUAUGUUCCCCCUGUAUGAGUUGGGAGAUUUUACCAUGGAGCAAGUAGAAAAUAGUUUCGCUGGAAAUAUUUGCAGAUGUACCGGAUAUAGACCUAUACUGUCUGCCUUUAAAUCUUUAGCAUCAGAUGCGACGCCAGCAGUUUUAGGUAGUUAUGCCGACAUUGAAGAUAUCAAGAUUUGUGAAAGGAGUGGAAAACGCUGCUUUGCACCGUGCGCUAGUAAGUGCUCCAAAAAGUCUCAACCGCAUUUUUAUUCCCUUCAAUCGUCCAAAUGGUAUAAAGUGUAUUCAAUCGAUGAAAUCCUUGAUGUGUUUAUGGAGGCUGGAGAAUCAAGUUACCAAUUAGUUAGUGGAAACUCGGCAAAAGGAGUAUACCCAUUGAGAAAAGAAGUUGAUUUUUAUAUUGACAUUACAUGCGUGAAGGCUCUCUUGGAACACAGAAUGGAGGGUGAUCACCUGGUUAUUGGAGCUAACAUGACUCUAACUAACGCAAUGCACCUAUUUUGUAGUCUAGCCACCCAACAUAAACAAUUUUCAUACUUACAAAAAUUAGCCGAUCACAUUGACCUGGUUGCCACAGUAUCCGUACGAAAUGUAAGUAAAUAGCUAUUAUAGGCUAGGCCCGCUAGGCGAUAAAGACAUCUAACUGGACAUUUUGAGGUGGA